AUAUCAAUUAACUGAAGGUCAAGGUUAGUAAUACCUUUCCGUUUCUUUUAAAAGACGGACAGAGAGAAAGUGAGGCCCGGAAAUGGUAUUCUUAACCUUUAUACGAUCCGCACUAAACCAGGGUCCUGAUAAAUAUUGGAGAAUUCAGCAACAACUUCGAUUCUCAUGGCAUUUCUAUGGUCGAAAAAGAAAUUGUUAUAAAAUCGGAAUGCGCUAUGUUUUCAAAGCAUUAAGAUACGGUGUUAGUGGUAGAAAGGACAAGCUCAAAAAUAUGAGAGAACUCUGGUAUAGGAGAAUUAAUGCAGGUUCAGAAGAGCAUGGACUAGAAGGAAAAAUGUUCCUAGAAGGGCUUGCAAGGUCCGAAAUACAGUUAGAUAGAAAAAUUCUCUCUUCAUUGGCCAUAUAUGAACCUCGAACUUUCAAGAGCUUGUGCGAAGUUUCAAAAAAUACCCUAAAGGAGCACAAUUUGCCUUUCCAUGAAAAACAUAUAAAUUCAAGACAAAAUUUAUUAAAAGAUUUAAUUAACAAUGAAAAAAGUGUGGAAAUUUAG